AGUCCACCUUAUACAAUAAAUUUAGGGGAAUGCGCCUAAUAAGUGAACAGAGAAGUCCAUAAGAGAAGCAUUCAAGCAAAGAACCAGAGCAAGAAAAAGGAGAAAUGGAGGAGAACAAAUGCCCAUCAAAGACAGAAGGAAAACCCAUAAGAUGCAAAGCUGCAGUGUGUAGAAAAGCAGGGGAAGCACUGGUUAUAGAAGAGAUAGAGGUAGCCCCUCCGAAAUCUUGGGAGGUUCGGAUCAAAGUAAUCUGCACUUCCCUUUGUCACACUGAUGUUACCUUCUGGAAAUUAAAUUGGGGACCAGCUUCAGCUUUUCCAAGGAUUUUUGGGCAUGAAGCAGUUGGUGUCGUAGAGAGCGUAGGAGAAAACGUGGAGGAAGUAAAACAAGGAGACAGAGUGUUGCCUGUAUUUUUCCCGGAGUGCGGAGAGUGCAGGGACUGCAAGUCUACAAAGAGCAAUUGUUGCACAACGUUUCCAUUCACUCAUUACAAUGGGAUGCCGAGGGACGGAAGCAGCAGAUUCAAGGACUCGAACGGCCAGGAUUUGAAUCACUUCUUGUUCGUUUCUAGCUUCGCCGAGUACACUGUCGUGGACAUUGCCAAUGUCGUGAAGAUAAGCUCUGAUAUCCCUGUUGACAAGGCUUGUUUGCUCGGUUGUGGAGUUACUACUGGAGUGGGGGCAGCAUGGAAGGUUGCAGAGGUGGAACAAGGCUCCACGGUGGCAAUCUUUGGCCUUGGGGCUGUGGGCCUUGCGGUUGCAGAAGGAGCAAGGCUGCGCGGAGCUUCAAAAAUCAUAGGAGUUGAUCUGAAUCCUGACAAAUAUGACAUUGGGAAGCAAUUUGGGGUUACUGACUUCAUCAAUCCUGCAAAUUGCUCACAUAAAUCAGUCACCGAGGUGAUAAGAGAAAUGACAGACGGUGGUGCUGACUAUUGCUUCGAGUGCAUUGGAUUGGCGUCCUUGAUGCAAGAUGCUAUCAAUAGCUCUCGACCGGGGUGGGGCAAAACGGUGAUACUGGGGGUGGAGAUGCACGGUUCGCCAUUAAGCGUCAGCUCUAUUGAGAUUCUCAGGGGAAAAACUGUUACAGGAUCCUACUUCGGAGGAGUCAAAGCCAAAUCAGACAUUCCAUUCUUUGUCAAAAAGUAUCUACAUAACGAGCUUAAUUUGGAGGGAUUCGUGACACAUGAAAUCAGCUUCCAAGAUAUUAACAAAGCUUUUGACUUACUCCUCCAGGGAAAGAGUAUCCGAUGCAUCAUAUGGAUGGAUAAAUAGAAGGAUUGUUGCUUGUAACUUCUAUUUGUACAUCUGUUUUUGUGUCAACUACGCCGUUGUGUUGCCAACUAAAUUCAAGUGCAUAUCCCUGCAAAAAAAAAAUUUGAUCAGAGCACAUCCCAGCAAAUUAUUAUAUACUGUUUUUUUUUUCCUGCCCAUUUGAGUCAGUGGAAUGCAAAGCCUCUCUGAAAUAUCAAAUUUACAGCUGGUUUGUAAAUUAUUUUCCUCCUAAGACAAGGCAUCUGUUUUUCU